UUUCAUUUCAUUACUAAUUCAUCUUUUUCUUUUUUUAGGUAAGUGAACUCGGUUGCUAUUGGACUUCAACAAAAUUCUGCGCAUCCAUUUGCAGAUAUGAUCUUAAUUUAUCAGGAUACACUAAUGAACACUCGAUCAACAUUUUCUUAUAAAUCUUCGUAAAUAGUCUCUUGAACUUCUUCAUUUUACCAAAGACACGAGAAUCCUUGACACAGACUUUAAUCCAGUUAAAUUAUCUUUCUUAAAUUAUCUUUAAGAAAAAAAAAAAAAAAAGAAAAAAGAAAAAGCUUAUUUGCUUCUACAUUGUGCUUCGUGCACCAGAUUUACGUAACAUAAGCCGUUCGAUUACCAAUUUUAUCCGGACUUAAUGCUUGCGACCAGGUGUUUGGACAGAAAAUCGGCACGAAGUCGCGGCAAUACCUGGAAAAAAUGUUCGUUUGCUGACGACUGGCAGCGGCAAAAGCAAGCAGAUCGCGGUGGUGAAUCGUCGUUGAGAAUCGCGUCGGACGUGUUGAGGUGGCGGGACUUGGGUGAGGAUAUUCCGUCGCGUUUGACGUCGUCGUCGUUGUCGUCGUCGUGGUGCGUUGUUCAGCCCGUGGUUCGGCAGUGAGAGAAAGAUAAGAGAGAGAGGCGGGCAGCUAUAACCGGCAACCACACGGUGGACAUGAUUAUUUCAAAGGAUCUGUUCCUCUUUGGCGACCAAGAUUACCUGCGCCUUCCCAGCAACGAGAAGCGCCAGCAACGGGCAAUGGGCCGACCGAUCAUCAAUGCUCCCAGAGUGGAAAGCUCAGCGUUGCAGUUGGUGUACCCGCUGGAUUCUCGUCCGGUGCAGCUAAUCUUCCGGGGGUUGCAGGUGGUCAAGGAGAAACGAUCCCUCCUCCGGGAUGUCUCGGGCGUUGUUAAACCCGGCGAACUUUUGGCCGUCAUGGGCCCUUCAGGUUGCGGCAAAACGACGUUAUUGAACUGCCUGUCAGGCCGCGUGGGCUUGGACGGGGGUGAAAUCUGGCUGAAUCGUGAAAGGUUGACAAAAAGAUGGCGCAGAAGAAUCUGUUACGUGCAACAGCAAGACGUUUUCUUUCCCGAUCUCACGUUACGACAGACACUCGAGUACCAGGCGAGGCUCAGGCUUCCGGACACGUUCUCGCACUCGCAGAAGAUGCAGUGCGUGGAUCAUAUCAUCGAGGUCCUCGACCUCGCCACCUGCCAAGACACCAUUAUCGGAGAUUACACGAAACGAGGACUCUCCGGUGGCGAGAAGAAAAGGACGAGCAUAGCCUGCGAGUUGCUCACCAAUCCUUCGCUUAUGUUGCUCGACGAACCGACGAGCGGGUUGGACUCGCACUCGGCACAGGCGUUGAUUUCACGGCUGAAGAAGUACGCGGAGCAAGAGGGCAAGAGCAUAGUGAUAACAGUGCAUCAACCCAGCUCGAGGAUGUUCCACAGUUUCAGCAAGAUCCUGCUGCUGAGCCGUGGCCAAGUCGCGUAUUACGGCCUCACGGCGAACAUCGGCAGGUUUUUCUCCACAAUCGGACUCACCCUGCUCCCCCACUACAACCCCGCUGAUUUUAUACUGGAGCAAAUAAAGGGGCCGGAAGAGGUUCGGGAGCGCAUCGUUGCCGCGGCGAGGAACGCGAGACAGGGACCUGACUGCCCGCCGGAACUUCGCCCGGACUACAACCCAAGCCAACAUCCGCUCUGCGACCAUCUGAUCCAUUAUCACGAGCACCACAUCAGCCACAACGUGAAAGAAGACGAAGGUCGUACGCUGUGGUUAGACACACAAAGCCAUGCCAGCAGCAGCGCCAGUUCUGCGGACGAUGACUACACCUGGCAGUGGCCCACCAGUUUCUGGUCGCAAUUUAAAGUAUUAUCAGAAAGAAACUUUCAAGAGGCACGGCCUCGGAUGCUGUCUCGUCUCAACUGGCUUCAAACGAUAGCUCUCGGCCUGCUUGCUGGACUGUUGUGGCUAAGACUUCCCAGAACCGAAGCGGCACUUCACGACAUCCAAGGAUGGAUGUUCUUCAGCACCACGUACUGGAUGCUGUUCGCACACUUCGGUGCGCUCUCCAGUUUUCCUCCGGAACGCGAGGUGAUCAACAAGGAGCGGCUGUCAGGAUCGUAUCGGCUCUCGGCCUAUUACUUGGCGAAAAUGGUCGGCGAGUUGCCGCUUACGAUUACGUUGCCCGCUGUCUACCAUAUCAUUAGUUACCCGAUGUUGGGCUUCCACAGUCCGGCAGUUUUUGUCACCCUGCUGGCGUUCCUCUUACUCAACACCAUCGUCGCGCAGAGCGUGGGAUUCUUCGUCGGGGCAUGCUGUUUGGAUCUGCAGGUCAGCAUAACCGCGUCCGCGCUCUACACGCUCGCGACGCAGUUGCUCGGCGGUUAUUUGGCGACGGCGGUCCCACCGUGGCUGGCAUGGGCAAGAUACGCGAGUAUGGUGCACUAUGCCUAUCAGAACAUGCAAAUCCUGGAAUUCGGCGUUGGCGAACCGAUCACAUGCUCGCAGCCAAGCAAGUUCCAGGAAUGCAGGAACGCCACGACGAUACCCGUUUCGGCGAUCCUCGAGAGCCAGGGCGGCGCCAGGGGUUCCGGUCUUCCACUCUGGGCGAACACGGCCGUCCUCCUGGCGUUCCUCGUCGUAUUCCGCACCCUGGGCUACCUGGUGUUGCGCUACUAUCGCGUGCCCAAGUGAAACGGCGCGCGAUGAGAACCGCCUUUCCACUGCCGCCUCCAUCCACCGUGCGACACUGGUGGAUCGGCCGCGAUCGACGGACGUCGAGCCACGGCCUCGCCGCCCUAACGGGAACCUCGUCAACGUCGUGAUUCAUCGUCGUCGAGCUUCCGUUUCACCCUUCGUUUCGUGUGCAUCGAUCGAGAUAUAUAUAUAUAUAUAUAUAAGAAGAGAGAGAGAGAGAGAGAGAGAGAGA